AUGAAAUUCGCUUUGUUGCUGUUACUGAGUUGUUAUCUUCUCUUCACCAUCGCCGGGGGUGCUCCCAGCCCCGCGUGGUCCGCGACUGGAUAUAGUGGAUACAAUUACAAUUACGAUGGGUACAAUUCGUAUAGAAGAGGAAACGGUGGAUAUUACGGUGGACAAACCAGGCGUGAGUACGGAAAAAGUAGCGGAAACGAAGGAGGAAGCGAUCGGUACAAAUCCAUUGCUCGAGUACACGCCGUGGACUCGCUGGCUUUCCCCGGGAAAAUCGGGAAUCCAGUGUACUUGUACAGACGAUAA